AGCCAAUCAGAAGCCUCGGAACGUCAUGACAUCAUUAGCUCGUGCCGGUCGACGCUUUAAAAGCAGACGCGAACGUUUGAAAACCUAUUCUGUACGUGUUAGAACAGAGAAGGAAGUGUCUCUCAGUUAUGGCGAGAACCAAGCAGACAGCUCGUAAAUCCACCGGCGGUAAAGCCCCGAGGAAGCAGCUCGCUACUAAAGCCGCCCGAAAGAGCGCCCCGGCCACCGGCGGCGUCAAGAAGCCCCAUCGUUACAGGCCCGGGACCGUGGCUCUCCGAGAGAUCCGCCGUUAUCAGAAGUCCACCGAGCUGCUGAUCCGCAAGCUGCCUUUCCAGCGCUUGGUGCGAGAAAUCGCGCAGGAUUUCAAGACGGACCUGCGCUUCCAGAGCUCCGCCGUCAUGGCCCUGCAGGAGGCCAGCGAGGCUUAUUUGGUCGGUCUGUUUGAGGACACCAAUCUGUGCGCCAUCCACGCCAAGAGAGUCACCAUCAUGCCCAAAGACAUCCAGCUGGCCCGCCGCAUCCGAGGAGAGCGCGCUUAAACCCGCCGCUGCGUCACACCCCAAAGGCUCUUUUAAGAGCCACAACUACACUGAACGACGCUUUUCCGCUCUAGCACACAAUAUAACGAAGUAAAGUUGACUUGAUCUUAUACAGGGAUCCUACGUCAAUGAAACCCAUUCAAAGCUGCCAGAAAGUUUAAGACAUCUUCCAGUACUUGGCUAUAGCGUUAACUGUUGUUAGUUUCACUUAGUGUUAUAAUUCGAGCACAAGUGCGUUCUUAUUUGAAAAUAUUAGAUUAGGUCUUGAAUAUUGCCUUAGAAAGUCUUAGAAAAGUACUGGCAAAUUAUUGGUAAAAUGUGUAUAAACUAUGGCUCCAAGAUGAACAUGAUGCGUUUUUUUUUCACAAACCAUCAAAAUAAACCUUACUGUUUCAGGGACAGAGUCCUAGUAAAUGAAACAAAAAAACAACCAUACUGCCAAAAUACUUCUAAUUAAUUUUCGUAAAUGUUAACUAUAUACAUAUAUGUUACUAGCUCUCCGUUUACUUGUGUGCCUUCUGUCAAAUAAAUAAUUUAAAACAUGGAUUAAUAAACGCAAAUACCACUAAA